AUGAUCGGGUCGAUCCGAGAUGCUUGGGUGCUGAUCGCCCUCUGUGCGACGCUGACAGGGACACCCGUGCUCGGCUCUUCGAUUGAGAAGCACAAGCGCAAGAGCUUCAUUCCCAAAGGGUUUGAUCUCCACGCUGCCUUCCAUGCCUAUGAUAAAAACAACGACGGCCACCUCAGCCAUGACGAGGCGCGCGUCAUUUACGAGGAUGACAUGAUGACUGAGGACAUGAUUACCCGUGAACUGCAAGCUGUCUGGCAAGUGAUUGACAAGGACCAGGAUGGCUACAUGUCCUAUGACGAGUUCAAGCGGUUCUUUGGCAAGGCUGUCAACGGCGAAGAUCUCCUUCCCGCCCUGGAAAACCUGCGCAACGGCCAAGUGCCCUCUGCGCGGCGAUUAGGCGGCAAGCGACGUGCCAAGGCCACGCCCAAAAAGAACAAAAAGAAAACCCCGACGCAUCAAGAACUCUGA